GCACCUGCCGCACCGGCACUUCCGCCAAACGUCACAAUCUUCUCACCAUUCAAACCCAGCACAGCAAAAGCCCUGCUCAAUGGCAGCAUCUUCACACGGCUCACAGCCAACGCCCAGACCGAACCUUCAAAGCUCGAGGCCGCUCUCAGAGAUGUCACUAGACCCGAGGUCAAUGAUACCUUCUGCUUCAGCCACCGCAACGUUGUCUUGAUUUUCGAUGGCAACAAGGACGGAGACGAUGCUACGGAUCAGCACCACGAGCACUUCCGACUCGUCUGCUUGGCGCUUAAGGACGCUGACAUCAGCCUCGAUGUUGCCGGUUGCAUUUUUGAUGCUCCUGAGGUCUUGCAGGCUGGAUUCCAGUUAGAUACGCUCAGCUCAGGCUCUGUUCUGGUCAUCGACUUGAUGGGCGGUGAUGAUGACGAUGAUGAUUCGGACGAGGAUGAUGAGGCGGCCGCCGAAAGAUUGCUUAUGAGUGGGGACUCGGGCGCAACAAUGUCCUGA